UGUUUUUAUUAGCUAGCUGGCAGACCACCCUGUCCUUCCAUUAAGAUCUAAUUUAUCAGGGCCUAAAGUCUAAAUCAUGGGGGACGAACAAGAGAUAAUGUGCAAACUAGAAAACAUUAUGGAAAUACGGAAUAAGACGGUACAGAUGCAGAAGAUCAAGUCUCGUCUGAAGUCAGAGUUUGAGUCCCUAGAGUCUGAGGAGAAACAUCUGAAGGAAUACAAACAGGAGAUGGACCUCCUAAUGCAGGAGAAGAUGGCCCAUGUAGAGGAGCUACGACUCAUACAUGCUGAUAUCAAUGUGAUGGAGAGCACUAUAAAGCAGUCAGAGAACGACCUGAACAAGCUGCUGGAGACGACGCGGAGGCUCCAUGAUGAGUACAAACCCCUGAAGGAACAUGUCGACGCCCUCAGGAUGACCCUGGGCCUUCACAGACUGCCCAACCUCAACGAAGAGGAGGAGAAACUCUCUCUGGAUUACUUUGAGAAGCAGAAGGCUGAGUGGCAGAAGGAGCCUCAUGAGCCCACCAUCCCAGAAUCCCUUGCAGCAGCGGCUGCCGCGGCCCAACAGCUCCAGGUCUCCCGGAAACAAGAUGCCCGCCAGACCGCCACCUUCAGACAACAGCCUCCUCCCAUGAAGGCCUGUCUGUCAUGCCACCAGCAGAUCCAUCGUAACGCUCCUAUCUGUCCACUGUGUAAGGCCAAGAGUCGCUCCCGCAACCCCAAGAAACCCAAGAGGAAGCCUGACGAGUAGACACACACACACUCCUACUACCACCUCAUAUUGCUAAAUUUCACAUAUGGACUUCAGUAAAACAUGUCGUCAUAACCUUUCCCCAUGCCAUGGAACCUACAUUUAGUGUAAUCGUCAUUAAGUGUUUUCUUUUUAACAGUGCUUGAGUGUUGAAAUGUAAUUGUUAACCUUAAGGUUUAAUAGACCAUAACCAUGUUAUAUGCAAUAAUACACAAUACUAUACUGUAGCUGUACCCAUGUUGUGAUUGGUUCUGGCGUUAAAUGUGAAACGUACUGCAUUUACUUGUUCCUCUGUAUUUAACAUGUGUACAUUGCAUGAACACUCUCCAUGGCUGAACUAUAAUGACUGUGUUGUAACUGUUUGUGAUAUUGGACUGUAUAACCCAGGAAGUUGUUCUAAUGUUUACUGAAGGCAUAAUGGACGGUCGAAGGACUGAGAAAACCACAAAGCUUAUUUGCUUUUAACAGUGUUAAUGUGAAACUUGAAUACAAAAAUAAAAUGUAUUUUGUACUGCA